UUAUAAGUAAUGCUCUCCAAUCGUAUAUUGCUGAGGAAACAAACAAAUCUAGUUAAGAACACUAUUAGGUUCUUUGGAGGUGGACAUCAUGGAGGCGAUCCUCGCAAGCAAGGACAUGUUGAUUUACCAGACCAGAACAAGAACUAUAUAUCUAAUACUUCAGAUGAUAAAUUUACUGCCUUGACCGGAUUCAAUCAUACACAAACAGUAGAUGUGCAGAUUACUAACCCUUACAAACAUAUAGCUGAUUUGCCUCUUUGUCAUCCUGAGCAGAUUUUCUCAAGUCAUGCAGGAGGACACUUGACUUAUGAAGAAGAAUUCACUCAUGAUGAGCCUUAUGGGUACGAAAGAGGAGAGGAUCCAUUCGAUCCGACUGGAAACGGGGUGCUACCAUUGUUAUUAUUCUUUUGUGGAGGUGCACUAUUCAUACACUUCAACUUUGUCCACUUCAAUUUCUUCAGAGUUAAGAAAUCUGAAAUAAUGAUGCACCAGAGAAUCACAGCUGGAAUGCUCGAAGAUAAGAUUAGACAUUACCGCAGAGAAGGAAACCUGUAAU